AUGAAUUCUGCCUUCAUCGCAGCCUGUCAACAGGUGACCAGUGAAUUAGCCGAGUCUGUUCGGCCAUUAUACACGCCUCGCGUUUGGGACGAGCUUGGUACUGGAGCAUUUUUUGUCACAUUUUGGUGCCUGCAGUCUGGUGAUCUCAUUGUUCCAGAAGCAGCCUACACGCGCCAGAUCAACCUUCUCAAGAGUCAAAUGGAGAAGCUAAAAGCAAAUAAUCAAUGGACAUCUGCAAAAAAAUCCAGUGAAGUAGAUCGAUGCCAACAACUUCUCGAUCGAUUAACUGAUGAACUUGCUGUCCGCCGGGUUCAUGUAUCGCGCAUCCGCGCAUGGCUUGCUGCCGAGCACGAUAGCUGGUUUCAACCGGCCUCAUCUUCUGCAUGGCACUCUACUUCCUCAAUUAAUCAACUGGAAGGAAAUUCUGCUUUGCCUCCUACUGCCCCUGCUGCGCCUUUUACAGCUUCUUCAUCAGCCCCUGCGCCAACUAAGGUAGACAUGGUCACUCAGUUUCUGCAACUAUGCGUCUAUCCUCGCGCUUUGUUUACUCCAACUGAAGACUACUGGCUUCUCUACACUUAUCUGUCUCGACAGAGUUAG